CUCAGACGGAGCGCAGCACAGAUGUGAGCGACUUUGUUGAAUCACGCGUGUUGACAGCGGCUGUAAACCAUCACAGUAGGCACAAAAUACUACCAGAUGCAAUCUAACGUCUCAAAGAUUCAAGAUGAAUGAACCAACGGCACGUUUUGAUUUGGGAACAAUUUAAAGAAGCUCUCGCUCUAUCGGACGCACGCUGCUGUCAGCGCCGGGUAAAAUUGGAUUUAUUUUAUUUUAUUUUAUUACCCAGUUUACUCUAGCACUGGGAAGAAGAAGAGAGUAUACAUGAUGAAGUUUAAGCCCAACCAGACCAGGACGUACGACGGCGAAGGGUUCAAAAGAAGAGCAGCGUGUUUGUGUUUCAGAAAUGAGAAGGAGGAUGAGGUGCUGCUGGUGAGCAGUAGCCGACAUCCAGACCAAUGGAUUGUGCCGGGAGGGGGAAUGGAGCCUAAUGAGGAGCCCUGUGGCGCUGCCGAGAGAGAGGUAUAUGAAGAGGCUGGUGUGAAAGGAAAAGUUGGUAGACUACUGGGAAUAUUUGAACACAAUCAAGAUAGAAAGCACAGGACUUAUGUCUAUACACUCAUAGUGACAGAGAUGCUGGAAGACUGGGAAGACUCCGUUAACAUUGGAAGGAAGAGGAAGUGGUUUAAAGUUGAUGAAGCAAUCAGGGUACUGCAGAGCCACAAGCCUGUCCAUGCAGAGUACCUACGCAGACUCACAGACGCCUGUAAUGCCAGCUGUGGUUCUGUGUGUAGUUCAGCUAACAGCAACACCCCGCACACUCGAGUGACGGACAACAACGCACCGCACUAUGUCGUGUGCUCCAUGCAGGAGUCAGACCUGUUCAACAGAUAGGAUCCACAGCAGGCAGCUCUUCUGAGAGGACGCCAGGAUGGACUUAUGAUCUGAGAAAGACUUGAGCAUUAAUUGCAUUGGUAAAAAGCCUUUUCAAAUAUACAGAAUGAACUUUUUGGAAUUGAUUUUAAACCCACAAAGAUACUUUUUAACUGUGUAUAAUGUUUUCUAUGAAUUUUUCUAAGAUGGAGCAACCAUCUUGGUUAAAACAGCACUGCACACAGGUUGGUGGUUUCCUAAAAGUGUUGGCACUUGGAGGAGGCCAUGUUCCCACAGUGACUUGUGCCAAAUACUGUUUUUCUGCAAGCUAUCUUGUAGAAAAGUAGAUACAACAGUAAAAUUGUGUGCACUUUCGUGGUUUUAGGUGUGGAAUAAAUUUAUAUUACUCUAGGUCAUGUUUUUGCCUAAACAGAGUUUGUUUAUUUCGAUGCAACAAAUGUGAGCAUUGCUGCUCUGUCUGUAAUUGUAACCUUACCUGUACACACAGUAUCAUCUCUAAUCACUAGUGACAUUGAACACUGUAAUAAAGAUGAUCUGCACACUUCCCACCACACUGAGAGGAAGCCUUAACUGCUGCUUUCCCAAACAUUGUUUUGUAUGUGUGUGGUUACAUAGAUUUAAUGCUGCCAGAGCAAAUUAGAAAAUACUGUGGGUUAAAUAUGAGCUCUUGCAUAGUUGGGCAGAGCAACAGUCUGACAAAGAGGGAGCUUUCAACAUCCCAAACUGAGCCUUUCACUGCAGAUGAUAUUUAUUACUGAGAUAUGCCCUCAGAAGAACCUAUUAAGUGCAUUUGACAAAUGUAUCAUAUUGUAAAUUUAUGGGAAGAUAAUAAGGAAGCCUUAAGAUAAGGAAGAUUUUUUUUCUAAGUGCCUUCCCAAACAACAAUAAAUUGUUUCUAUUUAAUGAACACUCAAAACAACAUUAACUGGAUAGAGUAUCAGCAGUUUGUACUUGUUGAAACAUUGUCUUUAUUUGUUCAGCUUGGUGUUAAGGGACAUAUGGUAUUUGUUAUUACAGUUUAUGUCCAGCUUUGCAUUGUGCAUUUAGUUAGUUUUUUUUUUCAAAGGAAAUUUUGCCCAUCCUGGUCAGGAAACAGGACAAGAAAUCUAAUUUUAGAAAACUAACAACAACAACAACAACAACAAUAAUAAUAAUAAUAAUAAUAAUUUGCAUGCGAGACUGGAUUUUUCUGCUGUGCGUCAAAAUGUAUAAAA